ACGCGAACACUUCGUCUUCGUCCGUCGCUGCAUACACAAUGGCUACCAUUAAAUUCUAAAAAUCAAGAGGAGUCUAGUUGUUAGAUUACAGUGUGACCAUGAGUGUUGGUACAAGGGUUGUACGCAGUGGCAACUGGUCACAAGGCCAAGUGGAUGGAGGUGAAGGCCACAUGGGAACUAUCUUCCAACCUGAAAACAAACCACCAUUGUCAGAUAAAUGUCACGUGGUCUGGGAUAAUGGAAACACAACCGUUUGUAAGAUAGGAAUUGAUGGAGAAUUACUGAUAUACGACAAUGCACCAACGGGUGCUAGUCACCCAAACGUGAAGUGUGAUUCAUGUAAUAAAGAAGCUUUUCUUGGUGUACGAUGGAAGUGUAAUGAAUGCUACAACUAUGAUCUCUGCAAUUCAUGUUAUAUGAGCCAAAAACAUGAUCUGGAUCAUCAGUUUUUAAGAAUUACUCAUGAAGGGGGUCAAAGAGUGCCUGUUGAAAAGAGACAUGGGUCAGUAAUGUUGCAGGCUUGGGGGAUCAGUAAAGGCGCAGAGGUGACUCGUGGAAUUCAUUGGAAAUGGGAAGAUCAAGAUGGAGGAAAUGGAAAAACUGGUAUCGUAAAAUCGAUAGCAAAUUGGAAUAAAAGUUCGUGGAGAAGUGGAGCCAAAGUGGAAUGGAAAAAUGGAAGCGUUAAAGGUUAUCGAAUUGGUUUCGAGGGUCAAGUUGAUCUGAAGUAUGUAAAGGAACACAAAUCUGAGCAGUACUAUCGUAGUCAUCUUGCUCAUGUUGAAGCUGCGAGUGACAGAGGAAAAGCAUCGAAAGUAACAGAGAAACCAUCUUAUGAACUCAAGAAGGGAGACAAAGUUUCCGUACGAAGUGUGAGCAUGGAUCUAUUUGAACUGAUGCAGGCAGAUUACGGGGGCUUCUCUGAAGACUUAGCUAAGGUUAUUGGCAAGACUGGUACUGUGGAGGAAGUUCUGACGUUUAAGAACGAAAUGUUUCCUAGAAUCAAGUUUGAUGACAAUGUCUAUACCAUAAAUCCGAAACUGUUGGACAAAGUACAACCGAAUGUCGAUAGGCCAUCGGACGAUUUCCUACAGAAAAUAUCCAACAUAAAAGAUAAAAAUGAAAAACCACCAACGACAAAUGAUAUAACGUCACCCAACAGGCCACAGCCGACGCCUGGUAAAAUAGGCAUAUCCUUCAAAGUUGGCGACACUGUACGUGUGAAGUGGAUCGAAGAAAGUCAGUAUAAGGAGUUGCAGAGUAAACAUGGCGGAUUUGUUGAUAAAAUGCUCAGUGUUCGAUGCAAAACGGGUCGUAUUGAGGCCAUAUUAAACGGUCGUACUCCCCGUGUACGCUUUGAUGCUAAUACAGUUUGGAACAUCAAUCCUGAGUGCUUGGAACUAACUGACGAGGGAGAAGACUUCGUGCAAACAAUUUCUCAAAGACCUGACGAGAAGAAAAAUACAACAAAACCAAGUGGUCCGAUCAUCAAAACUACCAAAUUUGCUUCAGGUGAUAAAGUUUGUGUGAAAAAUAUCGAAGAAUUUCAAAUGGCAGAAAUGCAAAAAGGAUUCAGUGAAUUCGAUUCAGAAAUGAAAGCGGUAUGUGGUAAAACAGGAACUGUGCUCGAUGUCGACGAUGAAACCAAAGCUGUCACAGUGUCAGUGGGAGGGAGAUCGUGGAAGUUCAAUCCACAAUGCAUUGGUCUUGUCGAACAAGGUCCAAAGUCAAAAAGAAUACAUGGUACAUUAUCCUCAACAUCAUCCAAUCAAAAGACUGAUGACGGACCCUUAAGAGCUGGAGACAUUGUGAAAGUGAAAGACAUGACGAUAGACAAAAUGAUUAGCCUUCAAAAUGGUCAUGGAGGUUUCGCCCUUGAGAUGACGCAGACAAUCGGGAAAACCGGUCAAGUAAUGAAGGUGGAUUCUGACGGAGAUGUUUUGGUAAACUUCACUAUUCAUCGCCCUUUUUACUAUAAUCCUGCUUGUCUUGAGCUACAGUCUCGUAGUGAUGGUACAUCACCUCGUACAGGCCCAAACAUAGAGGACGCUCUUUUUCAGUUGUUACUUGGUGGUCAAAGCACAGAUUUUGUGUUGGUUAAAGCCGCACAAAAUGGGGAUUUAUCAACUGUAGACCGGUGUAUUAGGAGUAACCCAUCUUCGGUGGACAUAAUGGUGCAGAACGUGACAGCAAUAAUGGCAGCAUGUGCUAAGGGACAUAAGGCUGUUGUCGAGCGUCUGUUGCAGGCGGGUAGUGACAUGGAAAAACGAGACAAAGACGGUUGGACUGCUGUAUUUUUUGCUGUAUACGGGAACAGUUCCGCAGUUGUCGAAUUACUGCUUUCCAAGCGUUGUAACGUGAACGCGCGUAGUAAUAACGGCAACACUUGCCUGCACAUAGCAUCACGACGGGGUUACGAAAGGUGUGUCGCAGUGCUUCUCUCGACUCGUUAUAACUGUGACCCUAACAUAAAGGACAAUGACGGAGACACUGCACUUCAUGAGGCUACUUCUAACAAACAUGGCAGCGUUACAACUUUGUUGGUUCAACAUCCUAAUAUCAAUUUAUUGCUCAACAACGGCAAGGGUAUGAACGCCUUUCACCUUGCAGCAGCGCACGAUGAUGUUGUGUCACUUCAGAAAAUGGUUCAGAAAAACUCGAACGUAAUGAAUUCGAGGAAAUCGGACGGCUUGACAGCACUACACCUUGCCGCAAUGAACGACAGCCCCAAUGCUGUGAAGUAUUUCAUCUCAACGCCUAUGUGUAAUAAGAAUAUCCAAGACGGACGUGGUUCAACCCCUCUACAUUGUGCUGUAGGCAAAGGUCACAACCAAGUUAUCGAACUUCUUGUGAAGGGAGGGGCAAACAUGGACGUUCAAGACAACGAUGGUGACACGAGUCUACACCUGUCCAUGAUGACCAGCGAAUUGACCAGUCUGCCACCCGAGUUAUUACUGCUCGGUGCGCUAGCAGGUGCAGGCCUAGGGGGUACUUCCCGGAAAGGUGUUGCCAUCGCGUGUUUUCUUGUUGUAAAUGGUGCAAACCUGAAUAUACGAAACAAACGGGGUAAAACACCGCUUGACUUGGCUGGUAAUCAAGAAGUCCGCAACAAACUUCGUGCAGCCCAGCUUCAGAGACAGAUUCACGGACGAUUGUUCUAAUUACCAACAACUGAACAGUUCAUUUCUGCUUCUGAUAUUCAUGAAUCUGUAUUGUUCGUGAACGUCAACAUGUAUCAUUUUCAUUCACUUUACAACUUUGAAAUUAAUAACUUAACUUCGUUGUUUUAAAUAUACGUAGAUUUGGAUUUCCAUUAUUAUUGUAUAUCAUUGUGAGUAGAACUACCCAUGACUACGGCCGUGCACAGGUCUCGUUACCCCAUGUGUUCACUGUCGGCUACACUUACCCCACCGUGUUCGAAAUUUCCCUCUUUCAGAACGAAAAUUGAUAAUAAAAAUCUGAAAAUAUGGGUAGUAAGUUGCGUGUGUUUGCACAACCUACACAGUUGAAUUUAAUUGUUUUCUGAUGUUCACAUCAGUUUAAUUAUAGUUAUAUAUACAAUAGUUAGAAAUAUAUAUCUAUGGCAGUGUAAUAUGUUCAUCUAUUGUAUUUUAAGGACGGCGAAAAAUAUGGAAAAUCGGUUCAUGCUAGAUCUUCUACUCACAUAGAGGGCGCUCAUCAAUUUCUUUAUACAUCGUUAUCAUCUACAUCUUUAUACAAAUUUGGAAAUUUUAUCAGUAACAUUUAAAACUCAAUUAAUAUUGUAAAUAUUAAAAACAAACUAAACGAGGUUAUCAUCUAUGCCCAGUUUGAAAAAAAAAAAUCUAAAUACAAAUAGGCCUAAUCAUCACUCCAAAUGAAUUUGUUUAAAGAUUUAAAACUCAAAUACUUUCAUAAACACUAAAAACAAAUUGAGGAAUGCUGGUAAUUUUUACGUAUUUCCUUGCCAACAAAUGUUAUCGUAUGUUUUAGAAGAAUUUCAGUUGGUAAUGGUAAAGUAAGAAAGACUAUAAUACAUUAUAAUUAUUCAUUAAUAUAAUCAGCGAAUCAAUUGAUCUGCUGGUUGUAUAACAUUCAUAAUUGGUAACAGAAAAUCAAUUCAUUUUAGAGUAGGCCAACAUGUUUUAACUUGACAUAUCGUCUGUUGUAAUAAAAUAUGUUUUGAAUAAACAUUUUUUUCGAGAGAAUCAUCCAGAUCGAA